AUGGGCGCCCGCAAAGACGGCGGUUGCCCCGCCGUGCCAAGCUCCCCGACGGGCAUCCUCUGCCUGGCUUGGCUGCUGCUGGCCUCGGCGGUGGGCAAGACGAUCCGCUACCACACCUACGAGGAAGAGCCGCCCGGCACGGUGAUCGGGACCUUGGCCGACGAGCUGCCUCUGAAAGGCGCGUCAGGAGUGGAAAGGACUUUCCGGCUGGUGAAGGCGCCGGGCAACGGGUCGCUGGUGCGAGUGCGGGAGCGGGACGGGCAGCUGAGCCUGGGCCCGGAGCGGCUGGACCGGGAGCAGCUGUGCGGCCCGUCGGAGUCGCCCUGCCUGCUGGCCUUCGACGUGCUGAGCCUGGGAGGCCCUGCGACCCCGGGCGCUUCGCCUUUCCGCCUGGUGCACGUGGAGCUGGAGGUGCGGGACCUGAACGACCACGCGCCGCGCUUCCCGCAGCCCGCCGUGGCCCUGGAGGUGUCGGAGAGCGCGGCGCCCGGCACCCGCCUGCCGCUGCCCCUGGCGCACGACCCGGACGCCGGCUCUAACGGGCUGCAGAGCUUCUCCCUCUCGCCGGGCAGCCCCUUCGGCUUGGAGGCGCAGCGCCGUGCCGACGGCCUCCGCUGCGCCGAGCUGGUGUUGCUGCGCGAGCUGGACCGGGAGGCGCAGGCCGGCUACCGGCUGGAGCUGGUGGCCACGGACGGCCAGCAGCAGGAGGAGGAGGAGGAGGAGGCCGGCUGGGCGGCGGUGAGCGAGGCGGCGCCGGCCCAGAGCCUGGUGGCGCUGGUCAGCACCUCGGACAGCGACGCGGGCGCCAACGGCCAGGUGCGCUGCGCCCUCCUGCCGGCGCCCCACCAGCCCUUCGCCCUGCAGCGCGCCUACGACGCCGCCAGCUACCUGCUGCUGACCACCGGGCCCCUGGACCGCGAGCGCGUGGCCGAGUACAACCUGACGCUGGUGGCCGAGGACCUGGGCUCUCCCCCGGCCAAGACCGUCCGCUCGCUCACCGUCCGCGUGGCCGACGAGAACGACAACGCCCCGCGCUUCGCCAAGGCGCGCUACGAGGUGGCCCUGCCCGAGAACAACCCCCCGGGGGCCUACCUGACCACCGUGGCCGCCUCCGACCCCGACCUGGGGCCCAACGGCAAAGUGACCUACCGCCUGCUGGACAACCAAAUCAUGGGCGCCUCGAUCUCCACCUACGUUUCUGUCGAUCCGGGCACGGGAGCCAUCUACGCCCUGCGGACUUUCAACUAUGAGAUCCUGAAGGAGAUGGAGUUGUCCAUCCAAGCGUCGGAUGGGGGAUCUCCUUCGCUCUCCACUACGGCCAUGGUCAAGGUACGGGUGAUGGACCAGAACGACAACGCUCCGGUCAUUACUUCUCCUGCGCUCACCAACGGCUCUCUUGAAAUUGGCGUCUCCAGCAGAGCUUCUCGAGAGUCCCUGGUUGCGCGCAUCAAGGCCCGAGAUGCAGACGAGGGCUCCAGCUCAGAGCUGAGCUUCACUUUCUCAGAGGAUCCUCAGCAACAGGAAAGAUCUCUGGAUCUUUUUGCCAUCAACCAGAAAACAGGGGAGGUCACGCUCCGGAGGAGCUUAUCUGAAGAGCAGCUGGGCCAAGUCUAUCCCUUGCUUCUCACCGUGGCCGAUAGUGGGCUGCCACCUCUCUCCACCACCGUGGUGGUCAACUUCCUGGUGACCGCCUCGCUGCCUCCCUCUAGUGGCCAGGAUUCCGCGGCCAAGCCCGGCUCUUGGGAAGACCAACCGUUGCAAUGGGACGUCCCUUUAAUCGUCAUCAUUAUCCUGGCGGGAAGCUGUACGUUGCUCCUGGUGGCCAUCAUCACCAUCGCCACCACGUGCAAUCAGCGGAAGAAGGAGAAGAAGGUGGUCUUGGACGAACCUCUGGACACUUCUCACCUGGAGAAGGGGCACGAGGAAGGAAGCACGGGGGACGGGGCCCUCCACCCUUCCAGUCCUCGCUUCGACGUCCAUUCCUUCCCCAGCAAGUCUUCUUUCGCUAGCCCGGAGCCCUCUCCGGCCAGUGAAGAUAUCCCAGCGUCCGAGAAUAGUCGAGAAACCAACAGCCUCUACGACAGCCAGAGCCGACUCCGAGGAGCCAACGCAGAGGUAAUCUCCCACACUUUCUCUUGCCAGGGGUAG